GUCGUACAAAACUUACCAACACCGGGAUCCAGUUCACUCCGGGGACAGACGACAACUGUAAAGGAACACCAACGUUGUAUUACUACGCAAACCGUCCAUCAUGAGAGAAAUAGUCCACCUUCAAGCCGGGCAGUGCGGAAACCAGAUUGGAGCUAAAUUCUGGGAAGUGAUCUCCGACGAGCACGGCAUUGACCCAACCGGCACCUACCACGGCGACUCCGACCUCCAGUUGGAGAGAAUCAACGUCUACUACAAUGAAGCAACAGGUGGCAAAUAUGUUCCCCGUGCUGUCCUGGUCGACUUGGAGCCCGGAACUAUGGACUCUGUGAGAUCCGGACCUUUUGGUCAGAUCUUCAGACCAGACAACUUUGUGUUCGGUCAGAGCGGUGCUGGCAACAACUGGGCCAAAGGUCACUACACAGAGGGCGCUGAACUCGUAGACUCGGUUUUGGAUGUGGUCCGAAAAGAGGCCGAGGGUUGUGACUGUCUUCAAGGAUUCCAGCUGACACACUCGCUAGGUGGCGGCACUGGUUCCGGUAUGGGCACCCUGCUCAUCAGCAAGAUCCGCGAAGAGUACCCAGACAGAAUCAUGCUCACAUUCUCAGUCGUCCCAUCACCAAAAGUAUCAGACACAGUGGUUGAGCCGUACAACGCUACCCUCUCAGUCCAUCAGCUGGUUGAGAACACAGACGAGACAUACUGUAUCGACAACGAGGCUCUGUACGACAUCUGCUUCCGUACCCUGAAACUGACCACCCCAACCUACGGUGACUUGAACCAUCUGGUGUCUGCUACCAUGUCCGGAGUCACAACCUGUCUCAGAUUCCCUGGUCAACUGAACGCUGAUCUUCGUAAACUGGCAGUCAACAUGGUUCCAUUCCCACGUCUCCACUUUUUCAUGCCAGGCUUUGCCCCACUUACCUCCCGUGGAAGCCAGCAGUACCGCGCCCUGACAGUCCCUGAGCUCACCCAGCAGAUGUUCGAUGCCAAGAACAUGAUGGCUGCCUGCGAUCCACGUCAUGGCCGUUAUCUCACUGUUGCCGCCAUAUUCCGUGGCCGCAUGUCCAUGAAAGAGGUUGAUGAGCAGAUGUUGAAUGUCCAGAACAAGAACAGCAGCUACUUCGUCGAAUGGAUCCCCAACAACGUGAAGACAGCCGUCUGCGACAUCCCACCACGUGGUCUCAAGAUGUCUGCCACCUUCAUUGGCAACAGCACCGCCAUCCAGGAGCUGUUCAAGCGAAUCUCCGAGCAGUUCACUGCUAUGUUUAGGCGAAAGGCUUUCCUCCACUGGUACACUGGUGAGGGCAUGGAUGAGAUGGAGUUCACUGAGGCAGAGUCCAACAUGAAUGACUUGGUCUCGGAGUACCAGCAGUACCAGGAUGCCACCGCCGAGGAGGAGGGGGAGUUUGAUGAGGAGGAGGGUGAACAAGAAGAAGCUUAAACUGGAGUGCACUCUGUCGAACAAAAGGAUCCUGACUUCUCUUACUAACAUUUGGACAAUUACUAGUAAAUGCGGACCUGAAAUAUUUACUCUUUUCUUUUAAACAUUGAUUUAUAUUUUAUUUUACACACAGCAGUUCAUCUUAUUUAAAAUUUGUAUUAAUCUAUUUAUUUUGGCUUCUAUACAGUGUUAAGUAAAAUAUUUAGACAUUGGUGAGUUUCCGGUGCUAACUGCCGGUGAAGAAAUGUUGAAUAAUUCUCUAGUUUGUGUCAGUAAAACACGAAAGGAAAGCCGAUAGUCAUACUGAGGACUUGUAGCAAACUGAGAACUUGUAAUAUUGAAGGUGGGAACAAGAUCUAACCGCGAACGAAAUGUGUUUAUCAUGUUGGGGAAAGUUAAGGUCAAUACAGGUCUUCCUUAAUUUGAA